ACGAAGGCUAGGUCGCACAGAGCGAGCCAAUUGCAUUCUUACACUUUUAAUUCAUUAUUAUUAUUUUUUGAUUCCGUUGGCAGCCGUCAGGUUGGCUGCGCAUUCCUGACCGGUUCUCUUUAUUUUUCUUCGGACGCCGGACGGCAUUUCAGUAUUUGUAUUGUAAAAUGUAAUGAACGAUACCUACGAUUAACCUCUACCGUUUGCGAUAGUCAUUAGAAUAUUAUGUACUCAUUUGUCAGUACCUACUCACUACUACCCAGUGGUCACUUUGCCAGUAGUUGUGGACAGUGGAUGGGCAGUGGGCACUGAUGUUUUCUGCGUAUACUACCUCCUACUACUAAUAUUAUGCUAGUUAAUAAUAUCAGCUUGUAUCAAUAAUUUUUAUUUGUAUUUUGCAAUUAAUUAACAAUUUUUAACUACGUUAAAUUAAAAAAUAAUGUGAUCCGCUACACAAUCAUAUUAUACCUAAUUAUUUUACCAAUUAUUAAUGUUAUCGAAACUACUUAAUAUGCAUCUCUAUAUUCAAUUUAUUAACUAGAAUAUCAUAUUUAAUAUAACGAUAACCACUUACGUUUAUAUCUGUACUUUUGUUCCUAAACAAUAUUGCGUCGAUAACGAUUUAAAAUAAUAUAUUAUGAUCCAACAGUCUUUGAAGUGUAACGCGUAGAACUGUAGGAGGUAGGUAUAGCCUAGUCGUUUACCAUUUAUGUAGUUAUUUAUUCUCCAAUCAUUCUCGAUCGGACCUGUUGCAGUCGUCUCGAAUCGUCAUGGGGUUCUUGAGUUUUAUCGGACUCAUUGUGGUGUUAAAGUUCCUAGUGUAUUUUGUGUUGUUCUUUACCAGCGACUCCGACCUGGAACUCUGGUUUUAUGACAAGUUCAAGAGAAACCUCGAUUCGUUUAAAGACAAGGUAGUUUGGAUUACUGGUGCUUCUAGUGGGAUUGGUGAACACAUUGCAUUGAACCUUUCUAAACAUGGCGCCAAACUUGUUUUGUCAGCUAGAAGUAAAGACAAACUAUAUCAAGUUAAAAACCAUUGCAUCGAACUUAGUGAAGGAAAGCUAACUGCUAAUGAUAUACUUGUAUUACCAAUGGAUGUCACCAAUAUAUCUAAACACAAUUCAUUGUUUGAUAAUGUCAUCAGCCAUUUCGGCAAACUUGAUAUCCUUGUAAACAACGCGGGUCGUUCACAACGAGCUGUGUGGGAAGAUAUUGAACUUGGAGUCGAUCGAGAAUUAUUUGAUUUGAAUGUAUUUCCUGUUAUAAAUCUAUCAAGAAUUGCUGUAAGAUAUUUUAAUCAAGUCGGAAGUGGUCAAUUAGUGGCUACUUCUAGUAUUGCAGGAAUUAUACCGGCUCCAUUUUCUGCAACAUAUGAUGCAACUAAACAUGCACUUCAUGGCUAUCUUGGAGCUUUACGUCUAGAAAAAUUGCAUAGUAAUAUUCAUAUUACGCUCUUAUGCCCGGGUCCUGUUUUCAGCAAUUUUCUUAAAGAAAGCUUUACAGGUCAACUAGGAGAAAAAUAUGGAUUGACCCAUUCGCCAACAGACAACAGAAUGAGUACUGAGAGAUGUGCACAUUUGUCAUGUGUGGCAAUAGCAAAUAAAUUAAAAGAAUCAUGGAUGGCAAAGUUUCCAUUUAUACUAAUUUUAUAUUGUACAAUAUAUUACCCUGUGAUAUCAUACAAAUUUUAUGAACUCUACGGCUACAAAGCUAUUAAUAAGUUGCGAGACAAUCAAUGAAUUAGAUUUAAAAACGUUAACGUUCAAACUUGAAGAUAUCAACGCAUUUUAGUUUAAACUAAUUUUUAUUCAUUAUAUUAUUUUUUUUUCCAACAACUUUAAAUACAAAUACAUUUUUAUAUUACACUGA